AUGCGCCUGCAAGGCACGAACACCUACAUUGUCGGCACCGGGAAGUCAAGGCUACUAAUAGAUACAGGCCAGGGUGAAGCCUUCUGGACCAACCACAUCCGACAAGUCCUGGCCAGCCUGGAAAUAACCCUGUCCCACGUGCUUUUUACCCUCUGGCACAGCGACCACACAGGCGGGGUGCCGGAUCUCAUCGCGCAUCGGCCCGAAUGCACCGCUUGGAUCAACAAGUGUGAUCCAUAUCACAACCAGAAGGCCAUUGUGGACAGAGAUAUUUUCCGCGUUAAAGGCGCUACCGUCCGCGCCGUCUUCACCCCGGGCCAUGCUCACGACCAUAUUUGUUUCGAGCUCGAGGAAGAAAAUGCCUUAUUCACGGGUGAUAAUAUCCUCAGCCAUGGGCAGUCGGUCUUUGAGGACCUGGGCCUGUUCACAAAGAGUCUCUGGGACAUGGCGAAUCCGAACUGCCAGCUUGGGUAUCCUGCGCAUGGAGACAUGUUGCGGGACCUGCCGCAGAAAAUGUUUAAGGUUAUUAAGUAG